GUGGGCAUGGACCCCAGGAUGACGGAGGUGCACCGGAUUCCCUCGGACCCCCGCAUUCCGACGGACCCGAGGUUCGGGUCCGACCCGCGGAUUCCCAACGACCCCAGGUCGCCGUCGAGACCCCACUACCAGCAGUUGCAGCAGCGCCGGUGGAGCGAGUACACGGACCCCAGGUCCAACGGCCAGUUCAUACGGUCUGCCAGCGCGCGGCUGCCCCGGCAGAGGUACCAGGACGACGAGGACGAUUCGCACGUGGAAGAGCACCGGCAGAGGUCAACAUCCGACGUCAGAGAAGGGGAGAGAAAGAUACAGCAGCGGGAGGAGUCGAUGAAGCGGCUGCUGGAGUGGAAGCAGCGCAUGCUGCAGAGCCCGCUCGCGCGCAAGCCGUCGGGCUCCUCGGCGCGCGGCACGGCGCAGAACGAGCUGUCGCGCUACUACAAGCAGCAGCAGCAGGUGCUGCGCGAGCUCGCCUCCCACGAGCAGGCCAACGCCCAGCAGGGCGGGCGCAGCCGUGAGGACUCUGGCGGCAGCGGGGGCGCGGGCGGGAGCCGGUCGGCGCGCCGCCGCCCGCUGCCCGAGGACAGCCACACCAUCCCGGGCCCCAGCCGCGCCGCAGGCCGCAGCCGCAGCCAGGACGGGCGACGCUCCUCGGCCUCCGUCAACCGCUACAACAGCUUCUCGUCCGACGACGAA